AUGAAGCUGAAGGCGCUACUGGGUCCCCGAGGAGCAUCGACACUCUCCGGCAUAUCCUAUGUGCUCCUCGUCCUGGUAACGGCAUUUUUCGCAGCAUUGUCAUGUGCUCUGCUCUUUUCUCAGGCAGUUCGGACCUCCCCUCACCGUAGCUGGGAGCAAAAUUGGAAUGUUGUGAUCAUUGGCGCAGCAUAUGUUGUAGUGUUUCUAGUUUCUCUUGCGUUCUGCUUGAAGCGCAGACUGGCGGUGCACAGACGGCUGCAGAGGAUCUCAAAGUCGUACCGGACUUUGAGGAGGUCCGACGUCCCGGAAUCCGUGUACUGGUUCAUUCAGCAAGAAUAUACCCGUGCUUGUCUGAUCACGUACGAGUCGCAGCCCAACCAUGGCUUCCAGGACGGAUGGGGUAAACCAGAUUCUGCGUAUAGUGAGAUUCGGUUUCGGACCUCACUCUUGGAUACAGUGCGCGAAAUAGAUACUCUCGCUCACACGAUAAUACCACGCCAUCCGACUCUCCGGCCUCAAGCACGAAUGCUUCAUCAUUUUCGGUUCAUUCUGCCCUUGCUCACUCGGGAUGAGGACGGGCUCACACCUCUACACUACUACGAUUCGGCUAUUCAGCUUGCUCGACAUGUCUCAAGGGAACCUACUGAAGGCGAGUACGUCGUCGGAAUAGAAGCAGCCAUAACUAUCAAGAGAAUUCUGGACGAGUGUCGACAGGAAAUGAUGGAGGGCUCCAGCUUCGAGCUAGCGUCUUCUUCUUCAAUGUGA